AUGUCCGACAUCAAGUUUGAGGGAUGGCUGGGCCACAGCCCCGACAGCGUGAACGGAAAGAUGGAAUGGGGUGCUUUCGAGCCCAAGAAGUGGACUGAGGACGAUGUCGAUAUCGAGAUUUCCCACUGCGGUAUCUGCGGUUCCGACCUUCACAUGCUGCGCUCGGGCUGGGCCGAGACCCCUUAUCCCUGCUGUGUCGGCCACGAGAUCGUCGGCAAGGCUGUCCGCGUCGGCAAGAAUGUCAAGGACAUCUCUAUCGGCGACCGCGUCGGUGUCGGUGCCCAGGCUCGCUCCUGCAUGAAGUCCGACUGUCCCGAGUGCUCGAUUGGACGCGAGAACUACUGUGGUCGUGCCAACGUUAGCACCUACGGCUCCGUGUACCCCGACGGCGAGGGCAAGUCCUACGGAGGCUAUGCUGACUACAACCGAACGAACGGUCACUUUGUGAUCAAGAUCCCUGAGGGAUUGCCCUCUGAGGAUGCCGCGCCUAUGCUGUGCGGUGGUAUCACCGUCUUUUCCCCGCUGAAGAACAAUGGUUGCGGACCUGGCAAGACGGUUGGUAUUGUCGGUGUUGGUGGCCUGGGUCACUUCGGUGUUCUCUUCGCCAAGGCUUUGGGUGCGGACAAGGUUGUUGGCAUCUCCAGAAAGGCGUCUAAGAAGGACGAGGUCCUCAAGCUUGGCGCCGAUGAGUACAUUGCCACCGACGAUGGCGCCGACUGGUCGAAGAAGUACGCCCGCAGCCUCGACCUGAUUGUCUGCACGGUUUCCAGCGACAAGAUGCCCCUCCAGCAGUACUUGAGACUGCUCAAGGUUUACGGCACCUUCAUCCAGGUUGGCGCCCCUGAUGGAGGCAAUCUUCCCGCUAUCAACGCUUUCACCCUGCUUGCCAGCGGUAUCAAGGUUGGUGGCAGCGGUAUCGGAUCGCCUUCCGAUAUCCGUGAGAUGUUGGAUCUCGCCGUCGAGAAGAAGGUCAAGCCCUGGGUCCAGAAGCGCCAGCUCAAGGACGCAAACCAGGCUAUUGUUGAUAUGGAGGCUGGUCACGCUCGUUACAGAUACGUUCUCGUCAACGAGAAGCACGCCAAGUUGUAA